GUUUGCGCUCCUACGUGGUCAAUUUACGUGUGCGAAGAAGAGUGUAAUUUUGUCACUAGCUGUUCGAUCGUCGCAUCCGUUCCCGACGUUUUUUUUGUGUGUUCAUUAAUCCUAGCUUCCACGGUGGAGAACAAGUUGAAAUAUUACGUGUAGCCGGUGGUUUUAAGGACGUGGAAGAGCUAAUCCAACUAGUUCAGGAUUGCAGCCAGAGUACGGUAAAGCUUGAUCCAGUUUUAGCCAUCUUCAUCGGUGCCCAGUAACCGUACCCGAAGGCGAGCAGAGGGAAAGAAAAAAGAAGAAAAUUGACUAUCGUCGACUAACGUGCUCAAAGUGCUUGAGCCGGUUCGUGUUUGUGCUCGUCCAGAAAACACUGUAGUUGUAUCCCCUUUUCUCCCGUUGGAACCGUCGUGUUUCUUGCCCCGUUGUCCGUGAAACGAACCAUGCAAAUAUGGAUCUGUUUAUCUUUGUCGUAAUCCUCGUUGGGACCCUGGUUUCGCUGCUAGGACUUCACUUCUUCCUGCUCAAGCCCCUGUCGGGCAAAUCAUUCGAAGAGGAACUAAAGGAGAAACGCGAGAUGCGUGAGAAGAUCCUUGGUGUCGCCGGGACCUCUAAACCUACUAAGGACAAUGCCAACAAGAAGGGUAAAAAGGUGAACAAGAAGCCGCAACCUCAGAAGCAGAAGGCUUCCGUUGCCGUUAAGGAUUCCGAUCUGGAUUCGGGUGAAGUGGAAAGCGAUUCCAACUCGUCCGAAAGCCAGAUGGAGGAGGAAAUCAACCCACUGACGUACGCCAAGAAGAAGGUGAACGCCAGUGUGGAAUUCGCCGAAACGGAAGCAUUCGCUCUGACUGAUACCCACAACAAGAAAAAAGACAAGCAAAACCAAGGUAAAAAGAACAAGCAUAAGGGUGGUAUUUUACUGAACAAAUCGGAACCAGUUCUGGUCAAGCCGGAGCCAGCCCCGGAGAUUAAUCACUUUGAAGAAAGUCACCCCAAGGACGCCCUCGAGAUUGCUCGUCAACAUAAGGAAGAAGAAUCCAAACCCAAACCACAACCCAAGGAACAACGCAAGAAUAAAAACAAGGACCAUACCAAGCCAUCGCCGAAGAGCAGUGCUGUCGAGGAGAUUACCGUUGUUCCUGUUGCAGCUCCGAUCACUGCCGUUGUUGCCCCUGCAAGCGAACCCAAGCCAACAGCAAACGCUCAAGCCAACAAGGAUAAGUCCAACAAGAAGAAGAAAAACGAACUAAUCACACAGCAGCUGGCCGCCGAAGUGCAGGACGCUGCCAACGUGCAAUCGUUGGUUCGAAUUCUCGGCAAGGCAGAUCUUCCGCGGAACGACAUCCAGAUUUUGAUUGACUUCCUGCUGAACAAGCAGCAAGAUACACUGACUAAGGACCCGUCCGAGUGGAACGAUCCAUCCGAUCCGCUGCAGAAACUGAAAAAGCAACUGCUGGAAAAGGAAAAUCAGCUAAUUGAAGAGCAGAAGGCCGCUUCCGGCUUGCAUGCUAAGCUCAAGGAACUCCGCCAGGAGUUGAACAACGAGAAAACUCAAGGCAGCAUGGCCGUCAGAAGCUUCAACGAGGAGCUGAACAACAAACGUUUGGAAGUGCAAAAUCUUACCCAACAGAUGCAGCUGGUUUCGGAGAAGUUCGCUGCCGAAAAGCAAACUCUUUCUCACCAGUACCAACAGCUGCAGGCCAAGUACAUGCAAAUGUCCGAGCAGCAUGCCGCUGCCCAGGAGAACGCCGGCACCAUUGCUCAGUUAAACGAAAACAUGCAACUGCUGCAGCGUGAACUGAUGACCAAGGGGCAAUUGCUGAACGAGAAACUACAAACCGAAGAGGAACUGCUCAAGAAAAAGACUGAAUACGAGAUUUUGCUACACAAUAAAGACGAAAUCAUUAAGCAACGCAUGCAAGAGCUUAACACGUACGAGAAUGAAGUGAAGCAGCUGCGCGUUACGGCUGGUCAGAAUGAGGAACUGGUCAAAACAUGCCAGCAGCAGAACUACGAGGCGGAACAGCUGAAGGCUCAGGUUGGCGAACUGCAGGUGAAGCAGAAGCAAGCUGCCGCCGUAAUGGUCGCUACCACCGCCGCCAACACCCAAGCCGAGGAGAGCAGCAAGGUGGAAAUUCGUAAUCUCCAGAAUGCCUUAGAUUCGAGCAAAACCGAACUGACUGUGUGCCGUUCCGAACUCGUCGACUACAAAGCCAAGCUAGCCGAUCACGAGCAGCAGGCCAAGGAGCUGCGUGCCCGCGAGGAAGAGCUGCAGAAGCAGAUCGAGCAACAGAAGGCGAAGAACAAUGAUUUACGCAUGAAGAACUGGAAGUUGGUAGAAGCACUGGGGGUUACUCAAAACAACUCCACCAAACCAAGCACCACUAACAAGAAUUCAAGUAGAAAAGUUGAACUUGUAGCGGCAGCCAGCAAAGCACAGCAAACGUCCAAUCACGUCCCGGAAGCCCCACCAGCACCCAAGGUGGACAUCGAUAAGGUGAUCCUAGAGGAGCAAAACCGAACCAAGGACCUGCUGGUAAAGCUGCUUCCGCAGGACAUUGUCUCGGCACUGCCACUGGAUGCCACCAACUUCCAUAGUUGGCUCGAAUCCACCGUCGCCUGCAUUCGAGAGCAGCAGGAAAGCGUUCGCCUCUCCAGCACCGCCACCAGUAAUAAUAGCACUGAGGUUGUGCACCAUAACUACAACAACAGCAACACUAGUAGGAGUAGUAACAAUAGUGCUAACAAUAAUAGUAGUUUAAACGAACAUAAUGACGCCCACGACGGAAAGACCGACGAGGGCAGUAGCAAAAAUGGUGCCCCCGAGCUGGCAGAUGCUGCUGAGGACCAGCAAGCACUGGCGCAGAGGACCGAGCAGCUGCAAAAAACAGUAGAUCAAUAUAAGUUAAUUAUAGCUGAUACUGAAAUCAUGCUGAAAAAUCUAGAAUCGAAAGUAAUCGAACAGGACAUCCACUGGCGAUCGGUGGUGCAAGCGAAGGAGAAAGAAUUGACCCUGCUCAAAACGGCCGGUGCGAUGCAGUAGUACUAGUAGUUUGUAGUAACCAUCAUCUUAGUAGUAAUGAUACAACACCCGGUGUGGGCACCAGUGUUUUGCGGCUGGUGCCGAUGAAGGACAGGCCGUUGAGAGAAGGAAGAAUAUUUGCAAAAAAAAAUGGAUCGAUUAUUCCACUAAGCUAUCAUCGGGGAAUGAAGACCACUGAGACGAGAGGACUGAAAGCAAAACAAACAAAAAAAAAAUAGCAAGCACCAGCGUAUUUUUGACCCCCUAUUCAAAACUGUAUGUGUGUCCUGCCUACCAUCUUCCCGAACUAAUUCCCAAUACAUGUUCAAAAUUCCUCUUUUCCUCUUGCUCUCAGUUGCGUCUCGAAGCACCCACGCACACACCACCACCAUAGUGGGUCCUUGCGUUGGAUAUAUCUCUAGAUCGGCCCUUCCCGAUGCAAAAUGCUAAAUAGAAAUGUGUGCGCAAAUUCGAAAGCAAAACAAACAUUGAAAGCCGGUCUAAAUGUGUUUGGUUGGCAAUCGUUUUUCGGCAUAUGUACCUACCGCGAGAGCAUGCGAUCCAUUCCUUCUUUCGUGGACCUUGCAGUUUCCUGAAGAACAAACAUAACAUACCCACAGACAGAAUCACACACACACAUACACUCCACUUACGUUUUGCUUUUAGAAGUUACUGGAUCAUGGAAACCGCGGGGAGGAAAAUAAGGCAUCCUUCGAAAACUGUAUUAAGUUACUAAUGAGUUAGAAGUGCAGCAAAACUUCAAAAAAAAAAUGAAAGAAGAUGGAGAAGAUUUGAUAGAGAAAACAAUUGUGAAACAAAUUUUAGGACCGUAUGAAGAUUAAGAAUGAGAACGACCGAAUAACAAAUUGUGUAAAAUAUUGUACUAAAUUGCAUUUUUGUUUUUGCUGUCACCAGGAAGAUGGACACUGUUGUUGUACGUUAUUUUUUGGGUAUCUAUUGUUUAAAGUACAGCGAAGCAAGUUUUACUAUUGUUUACAAUAAAUGCAUUAAAUCAGAAUUUGUGGAUGUAUAGUAACGAAAGUCAACGCAAAACGCAUAUACUCCUUUGAACGGCAAUGAUAUAUAGAGUUGAAGUUGAUUGAUUUGUGCGAACCUACAUAGGGAAAACUGGGACGUUUACCAUGCUGAAGAUGCAAAACAGUGUAAAAUGCUGGUAGUUUACAAUCGCUUCUAAUGAAUAAUUCAUUUCUGACAAAAAAUUCUCAUGGGUCUGUUAUGCUUUUAUGGACCGUUUAGUAAAGAUAUAAAUUCGUUUUUUGUAAGAAUUUCUCCAAUUGGAUAUCAAAUCAAUACUCGCUCAGACUGGACCUUAAAAAAUUACAAAACUUGCCCUACUAAGAAUAAUUAUUUCCUGAAAUGAAUCAUAAAUUACUGAAAUCCACAGAACACCAGGUUAAGUUAUUACCCAUUUCCACAGAUCUGUCAAGAAGUUAUCAAAGCAUGGGUAAUGAACGUCAACAGUCUCUUGUUUCGAAAAGGUUUCUAUUAUGGUAUACAUAUUGCAUUAUGCAGACCAUCAUUGCCGUGUAUUUCUAAAAGAAAUAUAUUCCUCAUGUACAUCAAUUUAAAGGCACCGACAACACACACACACACACAAACUGGCCCUUUAUAAUACCCGGUUCUGCCAUGAUGUGUAUCUUCCAGAACAUAACAAUUGUUAGUGAAAGGAUCGUGAAUCCAACGAAACUCUCAAAUCCAAGCAAUCAAGCAAUGUCCCAUCUCAAAAGAAAAAUUGGAUUGAAUAUUAGUUAAUUAACAAAUUAUCUGAAGUACUACUAAAGCCCUACUCCAUUAACUUCCUAAGUUGUAAGACACACACUCUACUGGGCUUAAAAUUGUCCGAUUACGUUGAAAAAGGCGAAAAGAAGCGUGCUCCUGCUCAACGCUGACACGUUUCUUAUUUAUUUUCCAAAACUAUGAUUAUUAUUAUACCUAACUUGUAUCACACACACUCAGAAUGGAACAAAAAUUGUACCAGUAUCGAAGUUUGGAUUUCCCAUCAACUGGGAAUCCAAUUCUAUCGAUGAAAGUAAGAGCGUUGCUGAAAAGACACGUGAAAUAUUAUUUUUUAUAUAUAAAGCAAAAAUAGAAUUAUAAAAUUAAACAAAAAAAACUAGAUAUACACAUAUAUACUUUAUCUUCUAGGAGAGAAAAAAACCUAAAUAACACUGAGAAAAACCGUUCAACGCGCAAAGAAAAAUAAAGGAAACGUUGCGAGAAUGAAUACGGGCAAAAGAAAAAGAGAAAGAACAAUAUGUUUAGGUAUCAAAAGAGAGAUUAAAGCAGUUCAAGCUUUUCGCGAAGAAAAAAAAAGAGACAAUGAAAAUAGACUCCAUUUUUUGGAUUAUUGAUAGGCGAUCAAUAGCAGGCAGAAUUAAAAAAAAAAACAGUAAAGGCAGAAAUAACAAAUAAAACAAAAUGGCUAAUUAAUAUUUGUGAAUGAAAUUGUUCUUUUUCUGACAAAAGAUGGUAAACAGAAAACGAAUACAUAA